AUGGCGACUUCGUUCUCUUCCACUGCUCACGCGACACCGAUUCUUCAAUUCAGAGCCAAGUCUUUCCCCUUUCUCCCAGUUUCGUGUUGGAGGAGAGUCGAUUCGGCGAAAUCUCCCUCUGCACGCUUAAUUGCGUGUUCAUUACGAACCGAUAAGCUUCGUCUCGGUACCGGCGUUAAUCUCUCCGGUGGUCCCGUUGUCAGGCGGUCACUUCAGAAGAGGCUGGUGAUAAGGUCUGCAACUAUUGAAGAAAUUGAAGCGGAGAAAUCUGCUAUUGAGAGUGAUGUUAAAUCAAAGAUGGAGAAGACGAUUGAAACGCUUCGUACAAGUUUCAAUUCCAUAAGGACAGGAAGAUCCAAUGCAGCAAUGCUAGAUAAGAUCGAGGUUGAGUACUAUGGAAGUCCAGUCAGUCUGAAAAGCAUAGCCCAAAUCAGUACGCCCGAUGGAAGUUCUCUUUUGCUGCAGCCAUAUGACAAAUCCAGCUUGAAGGCUAUAGAGAAGGCCAUUGUGAAUUCUGAUCUUGGAGUGACUCCUAGUAACGAUGGAGAUGUGAUUCGUUUGUCCUUGCCUCCCCUAACAUCUGAUAGAAGAAAGGAACUAGCUAAGGUUGUAGCAAAACAGUCUGAAGAAGGGAAGGUUGCACUGAGAAACAUAAGGAGAGAUGCCUUGAAAUCUUAUGAUAAACUCGAGAAGGAGAAGAAGCUGUCAGAAGACAACGUGAAGGAUUUGUCAAGUGAUUUGCAGAAACUAAUUGAUGUAUACAUGAAGAAGGUUGAGGAGCUCUACAAACAGAAGGAGAAGGAAUUGAUGAAGGUGUGA